CGACAACACAAGUUUUUGACAACCAAACCACAGAAUCCUUGUCGCAAUGGUUCGAAAACUCAAGCAUCAUGAGCAGAAGCUCCUGAAGAAGGUCGACUUCACAACCUACAAGUCCGACCAGGGCCAUCGCCAGAACGACGUCGUCCGCAGAUACGUUAUCCAGAAGCCCGACGACUACCGCAAAUACAAUCAACUAUGUGGUAGCCUCCGACAAUUGGCCCAUCGUCUGGCAAACCUCGAUCCCUCCGAUCCAUUCCGUCGCAAACACGAAGAUCUGAUGCUGGAAAAGUUAUUUGAUAUGGGAAUACUAGGUACUGGUGGAAGCGGUAAAGGAAAGCUUUCUGACAUUGAAAACAAAGUCACCGUCAGUGCUUUUGCGCGACGCCGCCUCCCUGUAGUUAUGACCCGACUCCGGAUGGCAGAUACAGUUCAAGCAGCGACAACUUUGAUCGAGCAGGGUCAUGUCCGCGUGGGCACAGAAGUCGUGACGGACACGGCUUUCCUGGUCACAAGAAAUAUGGAGGACUUCGUUACCUGGGUCGACUCAUCCAAGAUUAAGAGGAACAUCAUGAAGUACCGCGAUAAACUGGAUGACUUCGAUUUGGACAUGAAUUAAGCGACGAACCUGCGUGUAUAGCGAAGCAUAUCAUGGCAGGAACUUGCAUGUAAAAGGACCGCGACAUCAAAAUGCAGGAACGAACCGGGGACAUAAACAAGGGUCAGCGAGCAUUCAACUUUCAUAGGGAAAGCGGGCGUUUCAUGGGCAUAUUGCGAUCUUGGGUGAUUUCACCCUGCGUAUACGAUCUCCGAGUUACCAAAAACCAAGUCAAGAUUCGAUUUCGAAGCGUACAUUUAGAAGAAGGGAGGGGAUCUAGGACUAUGACGUAAGAGGUCUAUGUUCAACAUAACAUAGGAGUUGAUUGCAACUUAGAACU